AUGCGCUGCAGCUCCUGCCGACCCCUUGCGAAUGCUGCGCCGCGAGCGCGAGCUGUGAGAAGAGAGAAGGGAGCGCUGCCGCCGCACGCCGCCUACCAGAGUGCAUCGCGACGAUGCGCCACCACACAGCAGUCGCCCACGGAUGCAGCGGGCAGCAAGACAAGAGCGCGGAGCCUGAAUGUCCCCUCCGAGGCCCGCUUCAGCGAGAUAGGGGUGCAGCACCUCUCCAGCCAUGUCCACGCCCAAGUCUUCCCCGGCAAAGGCACCCAGCCGCCGCCUGAACUCGUCGCCCUCUCGCGCGAUCACCUCACCCGUCAUGGCCUGCUCGGCAAGAACCAGGACUCGACCCCGCCCGUUGCCUUCGACCUGCCAGAACUGCAGGGCGCAACGCUGGACGAGCACUUCCACAAGCUGGGCCUGGACGCUGCCGAGCCAUACUUGAGCUUGGCGAAGAGGCUGGCCUGGGCGAACCCUCCACCAAAACCGCGGAAGUGGGUGAGGCAGAGUGGGUGGACCAAAUACUACAGCGACGGGACCACCGAAGCAGUCGAUGCGCCAAAUGAGACUAUGCUGACCUUCGACACCGAGGUCAUGUACAAGGAGACUUCGUUCGCGUGCAUGGCCUGCGCUGUCAGCCCGACUGCGUGGUAUGGCUGGAUAUCGCCCUGGCUGCUGGGAGAGUCCAAAUCAGACCGCCACCUGAUCCCUCUGGGAGACCCUGCAGUACCGCGCAUUGUCAUAGGACACAAUAUCGGCUACGAUCGUGCCCGGAUAGCGGAAGAAUAUGACAUUCGACAAUCGAAGAACUCGUUCAUCGACACCAUGUCACUGCACGUUGCGUCGAACGGUAUGUGCUCGCGGCAACGGCCAUCAUGGAUGAAGCACAAGAAGAGUCGAGAUCUGAGGGAUAAAAUUGCUACGUCUGAAGAAAAUGCAGAGUUGUCGACGUUACUUGACUCGGGUGCCAUACCAGACGAAGAGGAGGAGCUAUGGAUCGGGCGGAGUGCGGUCAACUCGCUACGAGAUGUAGCCAAAUUCCAUUGUAACAUCACCAUCGACAAAGCUCAGCGAGAGUACUUCGGCGAGCUGGACAGGGCCGGCAUCCGUGAGAAGCUGGAUGAAUUACUAGACUACUGCGCUGCAGACGUGGAGAUUACACACCGUGUCUACCAGAAGGUCUUUCCACUGUUCAUCGAAACAUGUCCCCAUCCAGUCAGCUUCGCUGCGCUGCGAUUCAUGGCGGCCGAGAUUUUGCCAGUGAACGAGACCUGGGACGCCUACAUCAACAACGCCGAAGCAACAUAUCAGAAGCUCAGCACUGCUGUAAGAGAACGCCUCGUUACUCUUGCAGAUAAGGCUCUCGAGGUGAAGGAUCAGCCCGAAGUGUACAAUAAUGAUCCUUGGCUGAGCCAGCUGGACUGGUCCGGGCAAGAGGUGAAGAUGGUGAAAGGGAAGAAAAAAGGCGAUCCACCGAGGCCUGCCGCAAGGCAGAAGAAGCCAGGUAUGCCACAAUGGUACAAGGACCUGUUUGCGAAAAAUGAUGCACCUAUGACACUAACGAUACGUACGCGUGUCGCUCCCAUCCUACUGCGGCUUUCAUGGGAAGGAAACCCAUUAGUCUGGUCAGAUGUAUAUGGUUGGACGUACCAAGUACCUAUGGACGAGGUGUUUGCCUACAACGAAAAAGGCAUCAAAGAGCUCGAUAUGAUGGAAGAAGAGAACCUGAAGCUGCGUGAUGACAGACAGCACGUCUACUACAAGAUCCCACACAAGGAUGGGCCGCAGGCACGCUGCACGAACCCUCUUGCAAAAGGCUAUCUUCAGUACUUUGAGAAAGGGAAGCUAACUUCCGAGUACGCGUACGCUAAAGAAGCCCUGGAGAUGAACGCUUCAUGCUCGUACUGGAUCAGCGCGAGGGACAGGAUCAUGUCGCAGAUGGCUGUCUACAGCAACGAAGUACCAAACACACCGAAGCUCACAUCGUCAUCUGGUAAAGGCCGAGGGAAGAAGGUCGGUUUCAUUCUGCCCCAACUCAUACCAAUGGGUACCAUCACACGUCGAGCAGUCGAAAACACUUGGCUCACGGCCAGCAAUGCUAAAAAGAACCGCGUAGGCUCUGAGCUCAAAUCCAUGGUCAGAGCGCCACAAGGCUACUGCUUCGUCGGCGCUGAUGUCGACUCGGAAGAACUUUGGAUCGCCAGUUUGGUUGGUGAUGCUACCUUCCAACUCCACGGUGGCAACGCCAUUGGUUUCAUGACACUUGAAGGCACCAAAGCCGCUGGUACAGACUUGCACUCGCGCACUGCUAGCAUUCUGGGUAUAUCGCGUAACGACGCCAAGGUCUUCAACUACGGACGCAUCUACGGCGCUGGUCUGAAGUUUGCAGCAACCCUGCUCCGCCAGUUCAAUCCUGGUCUCACCGACGCGCAAACGAGCAACACUGCAAAUGACCUUUACCAGAAUACCAAGGGCAAGAAAACAACAAGAAAACAGCUGCAUGAGCGCCCCUUUUGGCGCGGCGGCACAGAGUCCUUCGUCUUCAACAAGCUCGAAGACUUCGCCGAGCAAGAGCGCCCGCGUACCCCCGUCCUCGGUGCCGCCAUCACCGAAGCCCUCCAGCGCCGCUACCUGACAAAGGGCGGCUUUAUGACUUCUCGCAUCAACUGGGCUAUCCAAUCUUCGGGUGUCGAUUAUCUCCACUUGCUCAUCAUCGGCAUGGAGUACCUCGCGCGCCGUUACAACAUCGACGCCCGUCUCGCUAUCACCGUGCACGAUGAGAUCCGGUACCUCGUCAAGGAAGCCGACAAGUACCGCGCAGCCAUGGCCAUGCAAAUAGCCAAUCUCUGGACGCGCGCCAUGUUCGCGCAACAGAUGGGCAUCAACGAGCUCCCGCAAUCCUGCGCGUACUUCUCCGCCGUCGACAUCGAUCACGUUCUUCGCAAAGAAGUGGAUAUGGACUGCGUCACGCCCUCGCAUAGUACACCGAUCCCCCACGGCGAGAGUCUCGACAUCAUGGCUCUGCUGGACAAAGGUGCAGAAGCGAAGCUCGAUCCGAAGAUUGUGCCUAAAGAUCCCCCGCGGCCGGACUUGUACGAUUACACACCCCGCAUACCCGUGAUGGCGACUCUCGGUGGCGCUGACCUGACAAGCCCCGAGUCGCUUGCGUAUCUCAAGGCGCAGAUCUCGUCUGAUGACAAAGAGUUGAGGGAGGCGCUGAAGCUGCUCAAGCCCUCCACACCAUCAACAGCACCGAAGACGUGCAAAUCUCGCUCUCGGGCCUCGGACAUGGAUAGCAAGAUUGAUGAGGCAGAAGAGAUUAGCCAGAGCGUGCAGCACUACCAACAGAUGGCGCAGUUGCUGCCGGUUGAUGACUUGUGGAGGGAGGUGUACAAGAAGGCGGAUAAAGCUGGCAAGGGGAAGAAGAAGACGGAUGUGGCGAGAGGGCCGGGAUUGUAUGGGCAGUGGAACGUGCAUCCUAGGAGUACGGGGCCGAGAGUGAGAGCUGCUGGAUGAGGAAGCCAGAGAGUGUUGUAUGAGUACUAUAACGGCCUGACUGGGUGUUCUAGAGGCUGGUGGUCUGCUUGCAUUUGAG